AUGGCCUCAACCAAAUCCUUCAUCCCUGUUUUACUUGUUAUUGUGACAAUGUCAAGCAUGAUCCUAGAAGCUCGCCAACUUUUGCAGACAACCACACAACCUAACUUUCCUGGCAUUCCAACUUUUCCAAGGCCAACAACAUUGCCACCUUUGCCUUCAAUUCCAACAUUCUCUCAAGGAAGUCUUCCACCAUUGCCUACUAACAUUCCAUCUCUUCUCAAGCUUACUAUGCCUCCACUUCAAAGCUUUCCUACAAAUAUUCCAACUAUUCCAUCUCUCAACAUUCCACCAUUGCCAGCGGUCACUUCACUUCCCAACAUUCCCACCUCAAUCCCAACCACUUUUCCCUCCAUCCCAUUUCUCUCCUCACCACCUUCUUCAACCUAG